UGGGUAGAUUCAGGCAAAAAGGGUUAAAGGGGAUUUGUGUUCUUCGAUAUCAUCAAUUCAUUGGAAAAAGUUUUAAACUUUAUAUUUAAAAGUCUCUUCCUUUUUCUUUCUUUUUCGGUGGAAUUUGCAGCAAUGGAAGAUAAACCAUUAGGGAUUCUCAGAGUUCAUGUCAAACGAGGGAUUAAUCUUGCUAUUCGUGAUGCCACCACCAGUGAUCCUUAUGUUGUUAUCACAUUGGCUAAUCAGAAACUGAAGACGCGUGUGAUUAAUAAUAACUGUAAUCCAGUGUGGAAUGAACAACUGACCCUUUCCAUCAAAGAUGUGAAUGAUCCAAUCCGUUUGACGGUGUUUGAUAAAGACAGAUUCUCGGGAGAUGACAAAAUGGGUGAUGCAGAAAUAGACUUUAGGCCGUUCCUAGAAGCGCAUCAGAUGGAGUUAGAUUUCCAGAAGCUCCCCAAUGGUUGUGCAAUCAAGAGGAUCCGUCCAGGCAGGACCAACUGUUUAGCUGAAGAGAGCAGCAUCACUUGGAGCAAUGGGAAGAUCAAACAAGAGAUGAUUCUUAGACUAAAGAAUGUCGAGUGUGGGGAAGUAGAGAUCAUGCUUGAGUGGACCGACGGUCCAGGCUGCAAGGGUCUGGGACGCGAAGGAUCCAAGAAGACACCAUGGAUGCCGACAAAACGAUUGGACUAAGACGCAGAAAUGUUAAAACAGAGACCGCAAAGAUGUGAUGGUAUUUUUUCUUUCUGUUCAUGGAAAGACAAAGAUGAGUUUGUCGAGUUUGUCUUUGUCUCAUCAGAGUUUAAAUUGAUAAAAAGGCUCUGCUUUG